UUUAUAUCGGCGGACUCUUUCAUUCCGUUCGAAGUGCAUGAAUACAUUGACUUGCAACGGACGAGGACGAUAUGAGUUAUUAUUUCUUUUGUGUGCUGUGCGCUUUAUGUUCGGUUCUUCAUUAUUCUGCUGAGGACGCUCCUGCUGCUGCAAGACGAAAUGCCAACAUAUCUUCCAUGUCAGUGUACUACGAUCCAAAAUCUCGAUUACCUUUUCGUAUAACAUCAAUUGAGAAUAGUUUGAUGAACACGUUCGGCUCGAAUGACCAAUCAUCCACCAAGACCAGAGGACUUCUCAGAAGGGUUGGCUUCAGGAGUAACGGAUGCACAUGUCAAACUCUCACGUGUGGUUGUUGCCUAGGUUUCAACUUUGACCAGUUCAAUUUCAAUAGGGAAGGCUGCAUGAACUUCACAUACGACCCAGAUGACUUUUCGGUUAAUAUGAAUAUGUUAAUGGAUGAGAACUCUGUAUUUAGUUCCACAUUUUCAGCGAAAAAUCCGCCGCCGCUCUGCCUGCCGCUCCCGAUACCAUAUUUGCCGCUGUCGAUGGACGUGUGCGCGAAACUGUUCGACAUCCGCACGCCCGGCCGGAAUUUGCACAUGUGCUUGGACUUCGAGACACGCAUCGAGUCCGCCUCUUUGCUGGUGCUCCAUUUCGAUUGCAUGAGGAUGGGUACGGACGGUUUGGCGCUGACGAAACCGGGCGACACGCUGCCCACCCCCGGUCCCACCACCGAGUCGCAGGUUAAUCCCGACAUUUAUGACGAGGUCACCGAGAUAAAGUACCACAAUAAACCUUUGUAAAAAUCGACAUUUAUUAUUCAGGCAUUUUGUUUUUG